GAUACUUCCAUUCAAAAAUUGCCACGUGUAUUAUUUUUAUAGGAAAUUAAAAUUUUUGUUCUGGCUAGAUUUGAAACUCUAAUUUUACCCUUCAAAAUAAAAUUAAAACAAUUGAUAGAAAGAAAUACAUGGAAAGUGAAAACAGCCCUUUACCAUCGCGAUGCCGCCAUCAUCCUCCGCCCCCUCUCUGUCUUUCCAUUACAAGAUGUUCAUUUAAAUGUCACAAUAGGGUUUAGGGAUUACUAGACAGAUCCCACAACGAAGGCAUAAAGCCUCACAUAAGUACCUGAAAGGCACACCAAUACAGCCACAAAAGCUGACGAGAAGGAAAGAAAAAUUCCUCACGAAAUCCAGAAAACAGCAGGUGCUUCUUCCUGGGUUCAAUAUUGCUUCUUCUUAGGUUGAAAGCUUCAAAUUUUGCAUCCCAAAGUUCCAGGCCCAUCUUCCUUCCUCUUGACCAACAAAACAAAAGGAGAUGAGAUGAAUCUGGGGCUGUUUGAGGUUGCAAGGAAGGAAAAAAAAAGGGUGAUGGUAUCGGGUGGGAAACAGAGGCUGGGGAUGAAGGGAAAGGAUAUGGGUGGUUGCGGGAUUGAGUAAAAUGCCAUGCACGUUGUAAACAAAUUGAAAUGGGAUCUGGGUCUUCUUCACCGUAUUGUUUGUGGAAGAAAAAAGCUUGCUUUGGCACAAUUGGAGAAAAGGGCAAUGAUAAGAUGUGAUCUGAUUGCAAAUAUACAAAGACAAAGGAAUGGAAUAAGACGAAGGGGCGGCAGGCAUGGGAGGCAGAGCGACGGCAGAGGAUUGAGUGCGAGCGAUUGUUGCUGGGACAAUUUCUCUGCUAACUUUUUUUAAUUUCAAAGGGUAAAAUUGGAGUUUCAAAUCUAGCCAGAACAAAAAGUUUAAUUUCCUAUAAAAAUAAUACACGUGGUAAUUUUUGAAUGGAAGUAUUACCAACUGGCGUGGUAAUACCGUAUUAUUAUAUAAUUUCUCCUAGUGAUGGUCUGCCUUUGAUUAUUAUUACUUUUUUGGGUGCAUUUGGAAUUCAUUAGAAAUUGAAAUUGUCUUCUAAUAUUUCUCACUCAAAACACAACUCAAACAAACCCACAGAGAGUGAGUGAGGGGGACAUUGAAGGAAGGCUGUGUUGGUAGAGAAGAGAAGAGGAGAAUAGAGAGAGAGAGAAGCAUGCAAUACAAUACAGUGAUGGGAGGAAUGGCAGUGGGGCCCUCGAGAGAUGAGCAUUGUUGGGAAUGGGGGAGGAAGUACAUGGAGUAUAAUCUUUGCAGCGUCAAAGACGGCGUUUCGCUGACACUAGGUUUAAUCAGUGUGGUGAGUUGGGGUGUUGCUGAGAUACCUCAAGUCAUCACAAACUACAAAAACAAAUCCACGGACGGUCUGUCUCUUGCUUUCUUGAUGACUUGGAUACUCGGGGACCUUUUUAAUCUUUUCGGCUGCAUGUUGGAACCAGCUACGCUUCCAACACAAUACUAUAUGGCAAUGUUGUAUACAAUUACCACAGCUGUUCUUGCGGUGCAGACCAUAUACUAUGGCUGCAUAUAUCCUCGACUUAAACGCAAUUUGAGACAGAAAAAGGGUUCCAACUCUAACCUGACUGAGGUUAGAAGAUGCAAUACUGACUUCGUUGGGAAACAGGUCAACCAUGCUGGCAGAAGUAUUGGGUUUGACACCCCCAGUGCAGGAAAUGUUUUGAGUUCACCCAUUCCUCUUCCAGGAAUUUGUCCAAGUAUUUCCCCCGGAAGAGAAUCAUACUACAUAUCAGCAAGAUCUCUAUCAAGGAGUCAUACCCCUACAGAAAGGUCUUAUUUGGCACAAACAACGGCUCCUACUUUUAAUCAUGUUCGGAAUUCCAAUGAAGAGCCCUUGCUUGGUGCACUUGCAUCUACACAAUCUGCACCAUCUAAUAAUGUCAAGACCGUCCUCUGUGUGGUCUCUCUGAUGACCCUCUUUGGUACUUUUAAUCACCGAUCAGUAGAUAACAAUCUUGAUUUAAUUGUUGAAAAUCCAAGUCGAGGAGUAGUGCUGCGAGUAGGAAGAAGGCUGUUGCAGGUAAGUAGAGAGCUGUUGCAAGCAAAGGGUACUAAAGAUAGCAGCAGGAUAGGAAAUUUGCUUGGUUGGGGAAUGGCAGCUAUUUACAUUGGUGGACGGCUUCCUCAAAUUUUCUUAAAUAUCCGAAAGGGCAAUGUUGAGGGGCUUAAUCCUUUAAUGUUCGUCUUUGCUGUUCUUGGAAAUGCCACUUAUGUAGCAAGCAUUAUUGUGAACAGCUUGGACUGGUCGGAGAUCAGACCAAAUCUUCCGUGGCUGGUGGAUGCUGGAGGAUGCAUGCUUCUGGAUAUUUUCAUACUAAUUCAAUUCUUCCGAUAUUGGAGACACCAAGACCCAGAGGGUAAGGAUGUACACUCCAAUGCAGCCUAGUUAAUGAAGGAAUGACAUAAACUUUUCAAGAUGCAUUUAUGAAGCCAUGGAUGUUCGUGAAUCUUCAGAGCUGCCUUUUUGGGGUCCAGUCCAAAGUGAUGCAGUCGCCGUCACAUGAGCCAGAAAACUGAAAUAAGUUCGGAUUUGUGCAGUCAAUUGAGUAAUCAGCAGGCUCUGCAGCCAAUGGGUCAUUUUAGUGCUUUGAUUUUGCACCCUACAUUACCAGAUCAGCAGUCUCUGCACAUGAAUUCUGUCCAAGCUAUGUAGCUGUUGACAUUAUUUGUCUAUUUUUUCCUUAAUUGAAGCGGGUGCUUUUCUCAAAAGUGUACCCUCUCUUUUACCUUGUGAUGAAAUCUCUCGGGAGCUGCCAACUGGUUGGAAUGAUAUUAACUCUUAUUUUAUUCAUUUCUAUGUUACGUCAAAAUGAUUUUUGUA